AUGUGGCACUACUUGUCCGAACUGGUUCGAACAAGCCCUCUAGGGCCUUACUUAUAUUCAAGCGUAUGGACACAACGUGCUGAGCAUUAUUUUGGCACCUCUGGACGUGACGGUAAGUUACUCUGACAUUACUGUCGCUUUUUUGUUGUUUUUCGAAAUUUAGGUGUUGAACUGAAGCUUCGGGUUAAAUUACUGUGUGUUUUUGAAGAUUAGCGUGGGAGUUGUUGAUUCAGAGAGCAAGAUGGCUAAUUUGAUUAGUUGUUUAUGUUGUUGUAGAGGCUAAACAUCUUUGAUUGUUUUUGGUAACAUAGGUUGGCUAAUCUUUUUUGUAAGAGGAUGGUAAAACAAUGACUUAUCUUGCUUUUUCAAAAGUUUAGUCGACUGUGUGAUACAGAGUUGUUACUUAUAUUAUCCUUGAUCAGCGGAUUUGCCGCGUAUUCUAUAGGUGAUUAUUCUAUUUUUAGCCAUGCAAUGGUUUAUUGGAAUUAUGCACGACUGCGAAUACAAUGAAGAAUUAAGAAUCUAUUAUUUGUCGUAUCUCAUGUUGCUUUCUGCCUUUAUUCUGGGUGCCUUCCUGCUUCUCACCAGAUUUGCUGUUGGAUACGGAAGACAUCAAGGUGAAACGAAUAUGCCAACGGUUCCGAACAGAUUGUCAUGGUUUCUGCAGGAAGUUCCAUCCUUCAUUUUCCCGCUGAUUGCAUUGUGGUACAAGUACAAGGAGAAGGCGGAUCAAGGACUCAACUUCAAUAUUGGCUUUAUGUCAUGCAUAGCAUGGUUAAUGUUCACUCUUCACUACUUCCAACGGUAAGUUGUAUUAAUAUUUUUUUAAGAUUUAGGUUUUCAUAGUACUUUUAUAGACAUAGCCUUGAGAGUUUAAAGUUCUAUAUGGUUUUAUGAUUUUUUAUCUUAUUAAAGGCAAGAUGAUAUUGGAAGCCAUGUCCUGGUUUUUGUUUUAUAGAGAACAAAAACGAAUCAAAUAGUAUUAAUAGAUACUAUUCUGCAUUUUUUUUAUUUUUUAAUGCUAAAAAUUAGGUUUAGACACAUCUAAUUUAAUUUUUUUGAGAUCAGUCGGCAUAUGUUAUGGAUAACAUAAUAUUUUGUAUUCUGAGCUGCUCUAUCAAGUCAGCAUCUUUUUUAGAAAAUUUUUAUAGUUACAAUAUAAGUUUUGCACAAUACUUUUACUUAUUUCAUUGUUUACAGCUCCUUCAUCUACACUUACCUGAUGAAACCAAGCAGACCUGUUCCGAUUCAUAUUUUAAUUAUGGGAAUCAUUUUCUGCUCAUGGAACGGCUACAUUCAAGGAUUCCGUUCGUUAUUCUAUGCCAACUACGAAUUUGGUUUGAUCACUGCGCCCAUUAGAAUCAUUGGCCUUGCUUUUUUCAUGAUCGGAGCCUACAUCAAUAUCAGGUCGGACGCGGACCUACGAAGUUUGGAAAGAGGUCCAAAUAACCAGUACCGGAUCCCGCAAGGUAUGUUGUCUGUAAUAUUUUUAUUUUUCGUCGAUUAUUUAGGUGUUUAAUGAGGUUCUAGGCUUUGAAUUGUAUUAUCAUAUGUAUUGAUAUUAGUUGGUGCACCUAAAUAAUCAUAAAAACUAAUUCAAAGAGGUUUUACCAUAAUUUAAAGUCAAUUUUCUUGCAGGCCAGUUCUUCACUUAUGUAUCCUGCCCCAACUACGCUGGCGAAAUCCUCGAAUGGUUUGGCUACUUCCUCUUUUGCCAGAACAUCACCGCUUUUGCCUUCUGGCUUUUCACGGCCGCCAACACCGGUCCCAGAGCCAAAGAACAUCACGAAUGGUACAAGAGAGAGUUCCGUAGAUAUCCUGCAGAACGCAAAGCAUUAAUCCCGUUUGUAUAUUAA